UUAGUUAAAUUUUUGUAUAUAAGCAGUUUUCAGGUGAUAUUGUAAAAAAUCUAAAGAGUAUUUUAAGUCUUUUUUUCGUGACAUCUAUGGUAAAUAGUCAACGCCCCGUAAUUCCACACUGGUGUACAUACAUAGGGCAACUUUCCGCGACCACUGCUUACCAUCUCAAGUCCCAUAACAAUGAAAGCAAUCAUUUCUUCUGAUUUUACCAGGAGGCUCUAGUAAUCCCGCCUCUGCCCUGAUAUGCAUGCUUGCUUGCACCGUAGUGGAACCAUGGGGCAUUCUGGAGAAGCUUUGGCCUCGCAUCUGAGCCCAGCAAGAUCUAUCUAAAAAAUAUUUUUACAUUUCCACAAGAUCCGGCCGGCUUUCAACAUCCAACCCAGAAUCGUUCCUAGUAUAAUGAUAUUGUCACGCGCCACUGUCCUCCGAGGCGAGCUACUACUCGUAUAAUCAAAGCGGAUCUACGGAAAAUACCUAGCACGUCUGUUACAGUAUUUCAGUCACAGAAUCUUCCAGAACUUCAAGGCAAGGUAUAUAUAUAAAAAAAGGAAAAAUAAUUUUUGACAUUAAUAGAUCCUGGCAAAUCACUAUGUGCUAAUGAAGAUAUACAUUGCAAGACACCGAAGCAUUGCUAUGAUCUCGAUCAAUGGUUGUACUGUGUACCUAAACUUAUAUUUAGGUCUAAAUAAACAUUAAAGAAUGGAUGAUCAAAACCAUACAAAAGACAAUUGUUCACACACACACACACACACACACACAUGGAUGAGAAUCAGCAGUGGUGCAUGGAAAAUUACCCUUUGGUGAGAGAAAGUAUUAAGAGAUACGAGAGAUGGAGAAAGAUGGUAAGGGCCUAUGCACAUGCUUCGAUCACGUUUAUUUAUUUAUUUUUUUAUUUAUAAGUUUAAGUUACCAACAUAUAUAAGAAAUGAAUAUGUUGAUUACAUGAAUAUGUGUGAUGAUGCUUACCUAGAGUUACUGGCCCACAUUUUGAAAUACCUUACCUAAAUAACAAGGCUGUAGGUAGUUAGAUACGUAUAAUGACGUAAUGUUUUCACGGAUGUUUUCGUAGAUAAUGCAUACAAUUUUGAUGAAAUAUGAAUAACCAUAAAAAAAAAACAUCUUAAGAAACCUCAUUAACUAGAUAAACUAUUAUAACUAUGGCAAAAUUAUACGAUUGCUCAGUUGUCAUGUACCGUAAACGACAUUAUACAUGGCAUAGAAAUGAAGACAGAAAUGUUCAUCAGGGUGUGUAAGAAUGAGACUAAACACAUCAGUGGUUAAAGAAUGUGAUAAUAUAAGAGAGAGAGAGAGAGAGAGAGAGACACACACAAACUAGCUGUAUAGUUUGGCGGGCACACGGACUUUGCUCCCUGUAAACUCUCAACCAACCACGAAGAAACGGACGGAUUGAAGUAAUGAUCAAGCUGGAACGUUUAUUGUAGACAUGCUGGAAGAUUCACUAGUGUUGAAUUAAGUGUGAGGAAAGCUGUCAUCUAAAAUUACCUGCAGUUUGGGCCCUGGAAAUCCAGCAGGAACUGACGACACUGGCUGCCGUCGAGCAUUACAGUGAAAGCAAAUGAAGCUGAUGCACACCACAUCUUUCACAUUCGAUUAGACGCUGCUCAUCAACAUCUACACCACUGGAGCUAAGUAAAGUCUGUGGGUGACUUGCCAGAAAUGAGAGAGGUUGAAAAUUAAAGAUUGUCAGUAAAUAAUAUUGAACACAAUUCAUGUGUGUUGGUGGACUUUCAGAGUAUUGCAUCAUGAAAGAACUUGUAAACACUGUGAUAUAAGUGUGUCUGACUGUUGAAUAAUAUUAUGAGGAUCACACUUAUGCAUACAUCUCUUUGAUUUUGUGCCUACUCCUGAAUUAUUGUUGCAAAGAUUGAGACAACAUACACAAUAUUGACUCAUUCCAUUCUCUAUUUUCUUAUAGAUAGUAAAUUAUUAGCUUUAUGACAUUGAUGGAUUUAACACCUAAGUGCACAAGAUUUCAACUUAAUGUUUAAGUCUGGAGAAAAUGUACACCAUAAAACUUUUCAAUUUGAUGGAGAAACUUUUUACCACAUUAACAAAACAUUAUUGUAGACUUGUGGUUCAGUAGUUGUUUAUCCUGAAAAUACCAUUUGAACAUCACAUCUAACAGAUCUGGGAAUUAAGAUGCUGCAUUCCUCCCCAGAAAUGAAAUAUUAUAGCCCACAUCUAUGAAGCAUUUGUAUAAACCUUGUUCAUGCAUACUUAACUGUUGUACAUAGUACACACCCAUUGUCAUCACACUACAGGCAUCAGUGUAUAUUCAUUACUACUGUAUAUUAGUUGCCAGUGUAUAGAACCAACUUGCCACAAAAGAAGUUAUAUGCUUCAUUCCCUGAGGUUCAAUUUGAAUUUACUUUAGAGACCCAAGACCUGCCUCAGUCACAGGCAUCACACAGGAAACACCAGCAGUGUUAAUUAGGUGUAGUAUUACAGGUAUGUUUGUAUUUUAUUGUUAUCUAAAAUGAAGGCUAAAGAUGUUUUGUUGUUGAAGUUUAUCUGCUUUAGCUAUUUAUAUAGUACAUAUACAUGUUUUACACAUACAGUAUAGUGUACUUAUGCAAUUGGCAGUGCUUGUGAUCUCUGUGUGAUGGCAGUGUGGAGUGGACUUCACUGUGGCUUGUUGCUUUGAUUGUCACACACGUGACUAUUUGUUGUCCAUUAAGUAUGAAUAAGUGUAACUCCUGAGCUCCUUGUAGAUUUAUUAAAAGAUAGACCCUUCUGUUGAUUACAGAGUAUUAACAUUCCCUGCAAUUCACUUGAACAACAAUACAAAGCUCCUUCCAUUACAGUUGAAUUUAAUUUCUCUGAUAAUCACAAAUUUUUUCUGUAGGAUGGUAGGGUUACAAUUAAUUUCAAGAAACUUAUUAAUGGUGUCAGACUUCAAAUAGCAAAUGAGGAAAUAAGAUCUUCAAGAAGUCAGUCUUCAUUAUAUAGCCUUGCAAGAAGGAAUGCCCUCAGUGGUGUCACACAACAUAUAGAACAAGAGAUAAAAACAUGUAGAAUGCCACUCUUUUAUGGAGCAUGGAAACAUGACAGAAGGAAAAUUAUAAGCAAUGUUGCUUGAAAACAUAUUCCUCAUCUAUGUAUGAAAUGUUUAAUAGUGAUGUAUCCACUAUAGCUAUUUGUAGUAUUGGAGAAUUACAAUGUUUUUACUGAUAGUAAAAUUUGGUAUGUCAAAAAUUAUGUUGUGAAGAGGUUGGAAAUACUGCAUGGAGCAUGAUGAGAUUGAUGGAUGAAUUAUGGGAGGGAUAUAGCCAAUCAAAACAGAAAUUAAAAGUCUUGGGAUGAAGAAUAUUGAUAAAGGAAUGAGAAUGCGUAACAUGUAUGGGUUUUCUUAGAUAGUAUAAAUGAUAUGAAUGUUAAGCAGGUUUACCAUUUUGAAACAGAAGAUAUGAAAUAGCAACAAAAAUAUAAAGGAUGUAAAGAAAGACAAGACAGUUACCAGGUUGCUUAUCUCUCUUUAAGUAGCUGUGUUAUCUUGAUGUUUGCCUAAAAUAGCAUCUUUGAAAACUUUGGUCUGUCACUAGUCAGGGUAGGUGAUCCUGAUUAACACAAGAUAAGAUUUUUUUUAUCAGUUUUAAGAGCAGGCCUGAAGGUCCCAGGGGGCAGGACUGACAUCCAGUGUACCAUAGAUCUUUCUGGGUUGCUGUUGACAUCAAUACAAAGGUGAAGUGUGAAGCAUGGGUACCAGCAGCCUGCAGCAGCGUGUGGGUCGGUGGCUGGAGGAGCACCGUGGUGUGAUAGUGGUGCUGGUGGUACUUCCAUUAUCACUCAUUUUCCACUUCCUCAUGGAACUGAGACACUGGAUCUUCCGCAAGUAUGUGUCUGCCCCUGAGAAACAUGAUGAACGGGUCAGGAACAUCCAAAAACAAGUUUUAAGAUGGAAUACACAGCCAAAGGCCAAGAGGAAAUACAUGUGUACAGCUCGACCCAACUGGCAGUCCCUCUCCACCACCUUCUUCAGGAAGGAUUUAUGUCACAAGAUCAGUAUUCCUCUGUAUGAUAUCCUGGAGCUGAAAGAAUCCCGAAUGAGUGUGCGAGUGGAACCCAUGGUUAGUGUGGGUCAGGCCACUGCCUUCCUGGUGCCUCGCGGCUACACGCUGGCUGUCUGCCUGGAAGUGGCCGAAGCAACCUUGGGAGGCUUGGCCAUGGGGGUUGGCAUGACAACAUACUCCCAUAAGGUUGGACUCUAUCAGGAAAGCAUCAUUGCAUAUGAGGUGGUGCUGGCUGAUGGCUCAUUGGUCAGGGUCACAAAGGACAAUGAGUACAGUGACCUCUACUACACGUUGCCUUGGUCACAUGGCACACUGGGCUUCCUUGUGGCCCUUGAGCUGCAGAUUAUAAGAAUCAAGCCCCACUUGAAGCUGGAGUAUAUUCCUGUGAAGGGUCAGAAGCAAUACUGUGACAUGAUGAGGAAGUUAUCUGGGGCCCUUAACAAGAACAACCCAACACCUGACUACGUGGAAGGCACAGUGUUCUCUAAGGAUGAAGCCGUCAUCAUGGUUGGGAACUUUGCUGAUGUUCCAGACAAUGAGAGACACAAGAUUAAUCAUGUCACCAGGUGGUACAAGCCCUGGUUCUACAAACAUGUGGAGAGCUUCCUAAAGCGAGGCCGUGACCAUGAGUAUGUGCCGCUAGAAGACUACUUGCUGCGGCACAACCGUUCAAUCUUCUGGGUGGUUGAAACCAUGAUCCCCUUCGGCAAUAACCCUCUCUUCCGACUCCUAUGUGGGUGGUUACUGCCUCCCAAGAUUGCCUUCCUUAAGUUCACCACCACACCAGGAGUUCGUGCCAUGACUUUCACCAAACAGGUCUUCCAGGAUAUUGUCCUCCCUAUGAACCAGUUAGAAGACCAAAUUGACAUCUGUGAAGAGCUCUUUGACCUCUACCCAGUAUUGAUCUACCCAUGCAGGGUGUACAACCACGGCCCCCACAGGGGACAGCUGAGGCCACCUCGCCCAGAGCAGAUGGUGCCAGGAGCCAAUUAUGGUAUGUUCAAUGAUCUUGGCGUGUAUGGAGUGCCCAAACCAGUGAAGGAGAAGAAAAGGUUUGAUGCUGUGGAUGCCAUGAGAAAGAUGGAAAAAUUCACAGCUGAUGUUGGAGGCUACCCAUUCCUUUAUGCUGACACCUUUAUGACCCGAGAGGAGUUUGAGAAGAUGUUUGACCUGACAGCAUAUGAGCAAGUGCGUCGAAAGUACAGUGCUGAAGGAGCCUUCCCUCAUCUCCAUGAUAAGAUCAAGCCAGAGAUUGAUGUGUUUGCAGUUGGCAAGGAAUACAUUGAUCCUUUGUAGAUGAGAUAAAAAGCCAAUUAAGAGAAAUUAACUUGUGGACUUAAUUACUGCCAGUGUUUGUGAAUAUAUGAGGGCCUCAGAACCAUAGGGGGUUCAAGCACUGCCUCCCCAAUUUUCAAGGCAUUCAUAUCCGCAGAAUUGGUAACUCUUCUUCUGGCUAUGUUGUUUGCCACAUUGUUUUCCAACUUCAAUAAGGUGGUCUUGUAAAAGCCAGUGAGCUCAUGACCUAUCGAUUUAGGAAGCACAUGUUGUAUUUGGUGCUCUAGCCCAGUGGUACACUGAUGUAAAACCAGACAGGCUCAAAGUUAACAGGAGUCAGCCAGCCAAUGAGAGCAUACAGCACACAGCCCACAGCCAUCUCUCAUCCAACCAACAGUUUUUCCACAAUAAACUUGGGCCAGUCACCACUCUGCUAUGUGUAUCAAGGAUCUCCUGCUCUUCAUUACUCAUACCAAGUCCCAGUACUGGGAUAUCCUGGCACAGCAGGAUGCUCUGCAGCAUAAGGGAGGACAGUGGGCAGGUGACAGUGACUACAAAGGGGACGAAGACAACCUUAUGGAGUAUGAUGAAGAACACUAAGUUAACUGCCUCCUCUCCUCCAACCUUCAACUUCUUUAGUGGAUGUACAGUAACAUUAAGAGUGAAUACAGAUUGUUCAUAGUGUUUUCCUGUGACUAGCAAGUGCCACCUGGUAAUCCUUGGUUUUACCAUCAUUACUAAUCUAUUUUCUUAAUGACUUCCUCUAACAUCCCAUUAAUCAUCCUUCAAUUUAUUGUUGUACUGUAUAUGUAUCAAUACUUAUAUUUUCUCCUAUUUUUCAAUACACUUAGCCUAUGAUGUUCCUUUACAUAACUUAUUGUAUUAUUAAUAUUUACUUAAGUUAAAGAAUUGUUUUAUUAAUAUUUACUUCAGUUAAAGAAUUCUUUUAUUAAUAUUUACUUGUUAAAAAUUUUAUCAAAGUAUAAUUCACAAGUCAUGCAAUGAAAUGUACAACAACUUGAGGGGAGGUUACAUCCAACACACCAUACAUUUUAUUUAAUUUUGGGUCAAAGAAAUUUUGAAGAGCAAGGCUUUUGUCUGAAACUUGGUUGAAAUAGAUAUCUUUCUUAGAAGUGGAGUUAUUGUUCAUAAACUUGGUCCAUUUUUUUUCAGUUUUUAAAAAAUGCUUCAGCCCCUAUGGUUCUGAAGCCCUCAUAUAUCAGUUGGGAUGUGCAGAUAUUUGAAGUUGGAAAAACAUAAUGUGUGUAUUAUAAUUUCUGUGAUCAAAACCAUGAAAGGAAUGGAUGGACAACGUAAGAUAUCUGGAAUAACAUAGGUGGCAAAUGGCACGUUAUAGGAAUGAAUGGAGAAACAGUGCCUAUUUAUAAAUGUGAUGAGGCUUUAAUUUGGUCUAAUCAGCUCAUCAGGUCAGAUGUGUAUAAAGAAAUAGGUCCUUAGUGCCAGAAUAAACCAGUUCUUGUCUGACUGAUGUGGGGAGAUUAAAUGAGCAGUGGAACUGAUACAGGUAUAGUGUGACUCAUGAGGAUUAGUCCAGUGAGUGUAUACAUACAUGUGUGUGUGCUUGCACUUGCCUCAUAUCUAGUACCCUCCAAGUAAAAUUUUCUCUUCUUGGUC